CUUUUAAUGGAUGCUGAAUUAAAUGUAACAUAUAUAACUCUUGAUGGGUAUGUGGAACUGCAACAAUACAGAUCUCUUUAUUUUGUGAUCAUGUUUACAGCUUAUAUUCUAAUACUCUGCUGUAAUUCUACUAUUGUGUGUCUGAUCGUGAUUCAUAAAAACCUCCAUGAGCCCAUGUACAUUUUCAUUGCAGCUUUGUUACUGAAUUCUGUUCUGUUCAGCACUAAUAUUUACCCAAAGCUUUUCAUUGACUUUAUAUCUGAGAAACAGAUCAUAUCUUAUUCAGCCUGUCUCUUUCAGGUUUUUACAUUUUACUCUUUAAGCUGUUCAGAGUUCUUACUGUUGUCAGCCAUGGCCUAUGACAGGUAUGUAUCUAUAUGUAAACCUCUGCAAUAUCCAACUAUCAUGAGAAAAACCACUGUGAGUAUUUUGCUGCUUUUAGCUUGGCUUCUGCCUGCUUGUCAGGUUGCAGUACCAAUUGCACUAAAUGUUAAUAACAAACUCUGUAACUUUACUUUGAAAGGAAUUUUUUGCAACAAUUCACUCAACUAUCUUUACUGUGUGACUUCAGGAGCGCUAUCUAUAUAUGGUCUAGUUGUUCUCCUUAAUGUUGCACUUUUCCCUAUGCUCUUCAUACUUUUUACAUAUACAAAGAUUCUUAUAAUUUCCUAUAGAAGUUGUGGUGAAAUCAGGAAAAAAGCUGCACAGACCUGUUUACCUCACCUGCUGGUUUUAAUCAACUAUUCUUGUUUGCUUACGUAUGAUAUGAUUAUAAUUAGACUGGAAUCAGAUUUUCCAAAAACUGCCCGUUUUGUCAUGACUUUGCAAAUAGUAAUGUAUCAUCCUCUCUUUAAUCCAAUCAUAUAUGGUUUAAAAAUGAAAGAAAUUUCCAAACACCUCAAAAGGUUGUUCUGUCAGGCCAAAGUGAACUAA